AUGGAAAAUCUGAGUGACCAGAUGAGGAACGCUAGCUUAGGUGAUCCAUCUGAAGAUCCAAAUCACUUGCUCUUCAAACCUCAAGCAGGAAGUGGAUUGGCGCCAACGGCCUUGGAUGAGAUUCCCCGUGGAACAACAAAUGGGAUGUGGGUGCGUUCGGAGUCAGCCUAUCAGAACCGGAACUUCUUUACGGAAGAUAUCUUCUUUAACCUGGAUGACGAGAAACGAACGACCAUAGCUCGAACACUCAACUUACAUCUUCGAUGGUGGUACCAGGCGAAAAACCCCGACAAGUUUGUUUCAUGGACCAGCUCGUUGCCUUUCGCAAUACAGUACAUCUACUACCGGCAUCUGAGCCCCGACGACGGAUCGAGUUUAGAGGAUAUCAAGUUAUAUGUCAUAGAUACGACACAGUUCCCUAGGGGGACAUUUCUUCGUGAUUUGGAUCUGAUGAAUGCAUUCGGGCAAUACGAUGAUCGCCCAUCACGAUGUAACUUAGAGAGUUUCCGCAACCUUCGCCACAAACCUAGCUAUGAUUUUGGAGAAUACCUUUCACAAGGAUCACUGAAUAUUGAGGGCAAACGAGAGAUUAUAUCCGCCACGUCUCUUUUUGAGGGUGAUCGAUUGCGCCGUCUACAGCCUCAUUUUCGUGUAUUCGAUGGGUUUCCAUUCAAAGAUGGGAAGCCGGUUUGGGCAAGCGAAGUUAUCCGCCUUCGUUAUGUUAUUUGGCACGCUGCCGACAUACGAGAUUUAUCGCCAGAAGAGAUGGAAGGCCGUUUGGAGGCCGUCAAAGAGAUUGUACAAGAUCUUGAACCGAGCUGGAGAUAUCCUCUUGCUAUUUACUUCACAUCACUAAUUGGCUCUGGAUCUCCAAAUACAGAGACAGGUCGCGUCGCCACAGCCGCAAUUAAAAUUCGCGGGUUACAUAUUGAUACUAUUUCCCCAGAUAAUGGACAUGCUCUUGUUGUGGCUGAUCCAAAUGAGUUGCUGGAUCGUACUGGCCAAACCCUUAUAGCAAAGCUUCGCUCAGUGCAAGAUCUGUGUGAAACGGUUAUAUCCACUAUUUCAUCCAAUACGGUAUAG